AUGGAAGAGACGGAAGGGAUAGAAAAAUAUUUUGCAAUUAGCCCGGAAGGAGACUUUGUUAUUGAAUUUGAAGUAGAAGAAUUCAAAUUACAAGCGUAUACUAUUGAAUCGGAUAAUGAUUCAAGGAUAAAAAAAAAGGCUAUCUGGUCUAUUUAUGUAUCAGAAAAAUCAACCGGCUCAUUGGAAUUUGGUGCUGUAUCAGACAAAUCAACUAGCUCAUCGGAAUUUAGAUUAUUGGUAUUACCUUGUAUAGGCCAUAGGAACAUGGUGCAUUAUAAGGACAAUUCUAGCACUGUAGAUCCGGAGGAAAUUCCUAAGAAUGGACAUACCUCAUUAUUAAUUAUUAACAAUGUUAACAAUAAUUAUUUAGUUAGUUUUAUUGAUGGUAAAGAGCUACCGAUUGAAUAUGGUGGAAUAGUCAAGUUAUUUUCUAAAAAAGACCAUAUAACUAAUCAAAAGGCUGAAAAAGAUAAGAAAACAAUAUAA